GUCCCGAAUUUGUGGUUUAAAAGCAACAACCAACGAGAGCAACCACCACCACCGCCGUGGGAAUGGCGACGAACCUAAAGCUCUUCUUAUCCUCGAAACCACCACCACAGGGCAACCACCACCACUGCGGCAGAACCCCUAGCAUCAGCCACCACCACCACCACCACCUUCUAUUUCCCGCCUCUAACAGAACAUUUUACAGUCUACAGUCUUUUCCCUCUUCCAGAAAUAAUUUCAACAGUUACAGUAGAAGUCGCCGGAGUAGGUAUCGCGUGUGUAGUAAGGCCGCAGACGUCCAAUCCAAAGAUGCUUCUGCCUCAGAAGCGACAUUUGUCGCCGGCCGAGAUCGUCUGUUGAAGGUUCCCACAGAAAACAUCAGGAAUUUCUCCAUCAUUGCACAUAUUGAUCAUGGAAAAUCGACAUUAGCUGAUAAAUUGCUGCAAGUGACGGGUACAGUGCAAUCACGUGAUAUGAAGGAACAGUUUCUGGAUAACAUGGAUCUUGAGAGGGAAAGGGGUAUCACCAUCAAAUUACAGGCUGCUAGAAUGCGUUUCACACAUGAAAGCAAACCUUAUUGCCUUAAUCUUAUUGAUACUCCAGGCCAUGUUGAUUUCUCCUAUGAGGUUUCUAGAUCUCUUGCUGCAUGUGAGGGUGCUCUCCUUGUUGUAGAUGCAUCACAGGGAGUGGAAGCUCAGACAUUGGCUAAUGUUUAUUUGGCUUUGGAAAACAACCUUGAAGUCAUUCCUGUGUUGAAUAAAAUAGAUCUUCCAGGUGCUGAACCAAGUCGUGUUGUUCAGGAGAUUGAAGAGGUUAUUGGUUUGGAUUGCAGCAAUGCUAUAUACUGCUCAGCAAAGGAGGGAAUAGGUAUAAAUGAAAUACUGACUGCAAUUGUUCAAAGGAUUCCUCCACCACUUGAUUCUGCUAAAAAACCUUUGAGAGCUCUUAUAUUUGAUAGUUACUAUGAUGCGUAUAGGGGCGUUAUUGUCUAUUUCCGUGUUAUUGAUGGAACUGUAAAGAAAGGUGACAGGAUUUAUUUUAUGGCUAGUGGAAAGGAUUAUUUUGCUGAUGAAGUUGGAGUUUUAUCCCCUAAUCAGUUGCAAGUUGAUGAACUAUAUGCUGGUGAGGUGGGAUACAUAUCAGCUUCAAUAAGAUCAGUAGCAGAUGCAAGAGUAGGUGACACCAUAACUCACUACACAAGAAAAGCAGAUCAAUCUUUACCUGGAUACAAAGAAGCCACUCCAAUGGUGUUUUGUGGCUUGUUUCCUAUAGAUGCAGAUCAAUUCCCAGAUUUACGUGAUGCAUUGGAGAAACUACAGCUUAAUGAUGCUGCAUUAAAGUUUGAGCCAGAGACAUCAAGUGCAAUGGGAUUUGGAUUUAGAUGUGGGUUUUUGGGUCUUCUUCAUAUGGAAAUUGUUCAGGAAAGACUUGAACGGGAAUACAAUUUGUCUCUAAUAACUACUGCUCCAAGUGUCGUAUACAGAGUCCACUGUUCCAAUGAUGAAACUGUUGAAUGUUCAAAUCCAUCAGCACUUCCUGAACCUGGUAAAAGGAGGUCAAUUGAAGAGCCAAUUGUAAAGAUUGAGAUGCUAACACCAAAGGACUAUAUUGGUGCACUUAUGGAACUUUCUCAAGAACGAAGAGGAGAUUUUAAAGAAAUGAAAUUUAUUACUGAGACUAGAGCUUCACUCACUUAUCAGAUGCCACUUGCUGAGAUGGUUGGUGAUUUCUUUGAUCAGCUAAAAUCAAGGAGCAAGGGCUAUGCUAGUAUGGAGUAUUCUUUUAUCGGAUACAAGGAAAGCGAUUUGAUAAAGCUUGAUGUGUUGAUAAAUGGUGAAGGUGUGGAGCCCUUGUCCACAAUCGUACACAGAGACAAGGCAUAUUCUGUGGGAAGAGCUUUGACACAAAAGCUAAAAGAACUUAUACCUAGACAAAUGUUUAAAGUGCCUAUCCAAGCAUGCAUAGGUACUAAGGUGAUUGCUAGUGAAAGUUUGUCAGCAAUUAGGAAAGAUGUUUUGGCCAAAUGCUAUGGUGGUGACAUCUCUAGGAAGAAAAAAUUGCUAAAGAAACAGGCUGCGGGAAAGAAAAGAAUGAAGGCAAUUGGGAAAGUUGAUGUGCCUCAAGAAGCAUUUAUGGCAGUUUUGAAACUUGAAAAAGAGUCAUCCUUCAAACUCCAAGAGUGA